AUGCUUGUUCCCGGGUUGUCUCUAACGCGACGUGCGGUGACCAGCUCCUGUUGCCGGCCCCUCCACGUUGUUCGAGGCUUCUCGACGACAUGUACUCUUUUUGGACUUGAGCAGCUUCAGGAUGUGCCGACCUCGACCAGCCGCCGACCAACUGGGCUGCAUCGGGGACCAGGAAAGAGACAAACAAGUGAGCGAGAGGCCGCCCAGUACAAAUUUAUCCGUCGGUGGGAGUUGCAAAUGCGUGAUGAGUGGGAUCAGCUAGAGCCGUUCAAGGGUUUACCGAAGCCAAAACGGCAGUUCGGAAAUGAAGCUGCGGAGGUAAUAUGGCCUUAUGCACUACUACUAGAGCGUGUUGUUAAGGUCCAUCCUUUCACCAAGUCAAUAUACGUCUACUAUGCACAACGGCAGAGUACCGCUCGAGGGAAACUUGCCGCGGAGAUCGCACGGUCCUUCGCACGUGAGUUCCUUAUCCCUAUUACGUUCCACAACUCGCAGGUGUAUACGGAAGCAGAGAUGCUGUUGGAAUAUAGCGAAACCCCAUGGGUGGUUUUGCACUCUCUUGAUAACGGGCAGAAGCCUCGCAUUCUACCCGUAGCUCCAGUUGAGGGAACGCCUGCUCACACUGCCGUGGAACAGCUGCUUGCUGAGGUUGUUCAGGGCUGCGAGGCACUGGGCGCCUCGGUCGCGGACCCUGUGACGGCAACGCGCGUGCUAAACGAAAGGCCGCUGCAAAAUCAGUACGUACGUGUUGACUACCAGUGGUUCGGUGAUACACCAGAUGAACGUGCGAGCCAUUUGGUACGCUGGGAAUUUGAACCUGAACAGAUCGAGCCGAAAAUCCGGCACCGUACGAGGCAUGUGCUGGAUUGGCUGAACUACGACGGUAACCUACCAACGCAUCGCGCCGUGCAUGUCAAUGCUAUGAGGGAGAAGGCGCGACAGAAGGCCCCGCGUACAGUAGCGGGCCCACGAACGUUUUACAACUCGGCUGGCUCCCGUGCUAACGCGCGUUCUUCUCGCUUUGGUGGGCAGGCAGCUGUAGGGAAGUAA